AUGAAGAUCAGAGAGAGUGAGAUGGGGAGGGCUCCAUGUUGUGACAAGGCAAAUGUGAAGAGAGGUCCAUGGUCUCCUGAAGAAGAUGCAAAGCUUAAAGAUUACAUAGAGAAUCAAGGCACUGGUGGCAACUGGAUUUCUCUCCCUCACAAAGCUGGUUUAAAGAGAUGUGGGAAGAGUUGCAGACUGAGAUGGUUGAACUAUUUGAGACCAAACAUAAGACAUGGAGAUUUCACUGAGGAAGAAGACAAUAUUAUAUUCAGCCUCUAUGCCUCCAUUGGAAGCAGGUGGUCAGUAAUAGCAGCUCACUUGCAUGACAUGGGCAGUCUGGUAAAUUCUCCAAACAGCAAUAAGCUCAUAAUGAACCAUCAAGAAUACAGCCAGAAGCAAAGUACGAACAAGGGAAUAAUGUUGUUGAGUGAUGUAAGAAGUGGGUCAAGUACAACGAGUACAGUAACAAGAGUGAAGAUGGAACAUGAUGAUCAUGAUCAUGAUCAUCAUGAAGAGGAGGAGAGAUCAAUAGAAGAUUAUGGAAUGGAGGAGAUCAAGCAAUUAAUAAGUAGUAGCUGUACGAGUAGUAGUAGCAAUAGCUUGUGGUUUGAUGAAAACAAGGGAGAGGAUAAGUUCAUGUCGUACUAUUGA